AUGUUAAUAUUCGUUUAUGUAAGAGUAAUUGAACCCGAUGCAAUUAAUGAAUUCCGUCUUUUUGAAAUUAUUAAUGAUUCGAUUUUUGGAAUUAUAAUGAUUCGGGUUUCGGAAUUAUAA